AUGGAAGGGAAUGAUACUUUAGCUGAAGUAUUAUUAGCGGAGGAAGUGGAUAAUGACGAAUCCAUUGCUACGCUCGCCGAAAUUUAUUAUGUAUAUAUGUUAAUGUGUAUUGUAAUUGGCCUAACUGGCAACAGUAUGGUCUGGGUACUGAUCAGAUCGAAUCGAAUUUUGCGGAAGAUACCAUCCAACAUAUAUUUGUUGACGUUGGCUGUGAUGAGCAGUGUAUUCCUCAUAUCUUUAUUUACCUUUUGGCUCGAAGAGGUGCCAUUCAUUUUUAUCUUCGCUGUCUGA